AUGUCACAGAACUACCCGUUAUGGGGGCCUGGUGCUUACAAUGGGCGGCAUCCACCGCCGCACGCAUCUGGCCCUCCUCCCCCUCAGCCGCCUGCUCAAGGCGCGGAGCCACGCAUAAAACUGCCUCCUCUGGCGAGUCUUGCCCCCGUUGGAUCGGAGCACGCUGAACAGCAAGGCCACCAGCAUGGGCACCACUCUGUCCCGCCAACAGGACCACCGCAGGCACCGUCUCGUGAGGUCACUCACGGAUAUGCUCAUGUGCCUCUUCAAGGCCCUCCCCCAGCACAGUAUGUCGACGGACCGCCGCCUCACGUGCAAGCAUACCACAACCAGCCGCCGCCGCCGCCACCGCCAUCGCAACAACAAUACCAACACCAACGCCAGAUGAACGGCCAGUACGACGACCCGAGGCGACAUGGAGACCAAAGCGCCUCCACAUACGCCAUGCCACAAUCCACCUACUACACGACAGCACCGGACCCCCGAGGCCGUGUCAUGGAUAUGCACAGUGGCGAGCAUUUCGAGGUGGCCGAGUCCCGCGGGUAUCCUCCUUCUGCUCCGCCAUAUGCGCAAGGGAAUGUACUAUCUGAAGGACCCCCUCUACAUCACAUGGACACGCACAUGCACGCUACUGGGUCCAUGGGGCCGCACCCGACGGCUGUGCAAGAGCGACAGUGCGUUGACAUGGGGGCCGCCAUACCUAACCUCCUGGGCGAAGACAAAGCUCAUCUGGUCUCUACCAUCAAGUUUGAGCUAGUGCUGCGCCAGCAGCCCAAAGCCGCCCGAGCCUGCGGCGCUGGGGAGAGAGAUCGACGAACCAUUGAUCCGCCGCCGGUGCUGCAGCUACUUAUUUCGAGCCAUGCGCUGUCCCAGGAAGAAAUUGCCGUUUACCUUCGUCACGAGCCCUACGUGAUGACGGCGGAGAUCUUUGACGAGACCGGCACCCAUGAAUGCGCAAAGAUGCCUGCCGAGUUCAAGCACCAGCGCCGCAUGACCGGCUCUCUCGUGGGCAACCCAUUUUUCGGCAAGGACGAGUUUGGCGGAGAGGGCACCUUCUUUCCCUUUGGCGACCUCUCUGUCCGCAGUCUGGGCACGUACACCCUCAAGUUCAAGUUGUUCAUGAUCGACCCGCAAGACCCGCGACGUCGCGCCCCGUGUCUGGACGAAAUCACCAGCUCGCCGUUCCAGAGCUAUGCCGCCAAGGGUUUCCCGGGCAUCGAGCCGAGCUCCAAGCUCGUGAGGGUGCUGAGGGAGCAGGGAUGCAUCAUCUCCAUCAAAAAGGGCCACGACAAGAAGAGGCCCUACAGGGACAGCGCAGAGCCGAGCGGCGGCGAGGAUGAUGACGAGGGUACGUCCAGCAACCGGAGAAGGCGAGAAGGGUGA